AGAGUUGAGGGGGGUUUUCUUCUUCCUUGUCGGCCUCUAGGAAAUUCCUUGCUUCUUUAUUCUCUGGUAAGAGCUCCAGCGACACGGGCGACGGCGAAUGCGGUGGCAACCUGACCUCCAUUAACUUCGAUUUCGUCUUCGUCUGCAGCAAUUCCGACGUCUGCUUCUUCUGGUUUCGGAAGAGCUCUUCGAUUCAAUUGGGACAGUGCUGGUUCUUGAAGGUAUUACUGCUUCAGAACUGCGAUGUUAAUCAAACGAGGUCCCAAACUAAAAACUUCAAAGUAUUUUCCAUAGUGGAGAAGCUAUGUCCCAAAUAGAAGUGACCCAGAAAAUUGAGCAUCUUGACUUCAAGUGGGGUAAAAGAACAUCAUUUGGAAAGAGUGGUAAAGGGAUUAGUUUCUAUGAAUCGUUUACGUAUGACGGUAUUGAUUAUUCUCGAUAUGAUUGUGUAUAUCUACAAGACAAGGAAGAUAUUGAGCCAUAUAUUGGCAAGCUUGUUAAGAUAUGGGAGUUACCAGAUAAGUCAAAGAGGGUGAAGGUUCAUUGGUUCUUUCGCCCUUGUGAAUUUAGCCACUACCUUGGAGAUGAAGAGGUACGUCAAAAUGAGAUCUUCUUGGCAUCGGGAAAAGGUGUUGGAGUGACUGAUAUUUGCACCCUGGAAUCUAUUUGUGGGAAAUGUAAUCUUCUUUGCAUUUCAAAAGACAAAAGAAACCGUCAACCUACUGAAGAUGAACUUAAAUUUGCUGACCAUGUAUUUGAUCGAACUUUUGAUGUUGGUAACUAUAAAAUAUCAAAUGAUAUGGGUGACAAGGUCUCUGAACUUGCAGUGGAAUUUAUUUUCAAUAGAAACAACAAUGAUAGUGAUAGUGUUAAAAUAAAUUUAAAAAAGGAGGAUACUCUUGCAGGAAUAAGUGGAUCACCAACUAAAAUGAGUUCUGUAUCCGAAAAGGAUCCUAGUGAAACGGGUAUCACCAUUGCUAAUAGUAAGACAAUGUCCAAAAGACAACCUUCAAGGCAAGAUGUUGAUAGAAAAGGUAAGCUAGUCACACCUAUAACUGUUGCAGAUAAAGAGGUAAAAUUGGAUGGAGACUUUGGUGCUAUGGAUGUUAGGCCUUCCAAAAAGGCGAGGGAUGAAGGUUGGUCUAAAUUGUUAAACGAAGAUAAAGCAACUAAUCAACCAGACUCUGUUGGUGUGUCAAACCCCUUCAUGCCUGCCACGGGUUCUGUCGGUAGAAGAGUGACAUUGGAGAGAAGAAAUUGGUUUCACUAUGAACCAGAGUCUUGGUUAGAUAGAAUGAAGGAAGCACAUGAGACUGGAACACUAGUCAUGCUUUUCAAUUUGGAUCCAGGGUUUACUUCAAAGGAAGUGGAGGAUAUCAUUUGGCAAGCUUUUAAGGAAACAUGCUCUGCAAAAAUGGCACAACGCACACCAAUCUCUAAUCCAUGUUCCGGUCAAGCAUUCAUUAUUUUGGAAACAUUGAAAACGACUCAAAAGAUUGUCAAACAAUUGGAAGAUGGAUGCUUGAUGUUAUCAAAUGGGAGGGUUCUUGGUGGCAGCAUUGUGCGUUCCCUUACAUUACCGGGGAAGCAAUCUACCUUUGUGGGCCAUAUGGUUCUUGAUAGAGUUAAAAGUUUCACUAAAAAAGGGGUGAAAGAAGCGGUGACUACUUCACACUGUUCUCAGCCCAACACAAUUGAGUUUGACAUGGCCAUGGAAUGGCGCUUACUUCAAGCAAGAUCUGAUACUUGGUGGAAGCUAUUGUACAAGAAACAAGAAGAGGAGGUUAAGAAAGUCAAGGCUAGUCUGACGUUAUAAUGAAUUAUGUAAGUGAAUGUAAGUAGAAGGAAGAUCUAAUACAGGAAAAUGUAGGACCAUCACUAAUUUUGAGGGAAUAGACCAACAUUUUGUUUGCCUAAAUACCAACUAAUCUUGAUGCAUUGGUCUAUUUUCCCCAUGCUUUUGAGACAUUAUCUAACCUUAGUCUUUCUUAUCACAAAUGCAAUCUCUACAAUGUCACUGGCAGACUCCAUGAUCUUAUUUCUUUGGUAUGUAGUACAAAUGGGGUUUAUCAUUUUAUUUGUUUUCUUUUUUGCUAAUCUGUCAAAGGGUUUACUAUGUAAAUAUCACUUUGAAGUUAUAAACCUUCUCUUAGGGAAGCUUCUAUGACCUAGUUAGUUUGUUCUAAAACUAUAUACUAACUUGACAGUUGUGCAAUUUGUUUAAUUAGAUCA